AACAUUUUGAGAUCAAAGAGCUCCGAGAAAAAUCUGGAAUAUUUGAGUGUUUUGCUGUGAAAUUGCAUCGAGUUUUCAAAAUCGACAAUAAUUCUACUGAAUACGUUCGAAACAAGCCGAGUAAACAGAGCCAAGGUCCAAAAUGUUGUCCCGCCUAGCGUGCAGCGGUCGAACGUUUGCGACAGCUCCUUUGCUACAAUCUGCCCUACAGCAGGUUCCGAAGCGCCAGCAAGUGUUAAUCCGUCAGUAUGCCCGUGAAGUCAAAGGAGGAGGAUCCGGCGCCAGCUGGACUGCUCGGGCCGAGCGACAGACUCUUCGUGAGCGAGCCAUGGCUCCACCCGGCCCGAAUGCUUACUCCCUGGGAAAGGGUGCCCUGGCUGGAGGUGCCGCCCUUGGGCUAGGAGGUUUGUGCUUCUAUGGGCUUGGUUUCGGUAGCGGUACCAGCACCCUGGACAACGCUCACGCUUGGCCCGAAUUUGUGAAGGAACGCAUUCGCGAUACGUAUCUCUACUUUGGAGGAUCAUUGGCCAUUUCGGCUGCCAGUGCAAUGGCCGUUUUCCGCAAUCCGACACUGCUUAAUCUGGUAUCGAGAAAUGGAUGGAUGUCAAUUAUCGGCACGUUCGCUGUGAUGAUCGGUUCCGGUAUGUUGGCCCAAUCGAUUCCCUACAGUCCGGGCUUCGGUAGCAAGCAGUUGGCAUGGGCUGCACAUUCGGCCAUUUUGGGAGCCGUCAUUGCUCCCAUCUGCUUCAUUGGAGGACCACUCCUGACCCGAGCAGCCUGGUAUACGGCAGGGGUUGUUGGAGGACUUUCUACCGUAGCAGUGUGUGCUCCGAGCGACAAGUUCCUCUACAUGGGAGGUCCACUAGCCAUCGGUUUGGGAGUUGUGUUUGCAUCGUCGAUGGCAUCAAUGUUCCUGCCACCGACUACGGCACUCGGAGCGGGAAUUGCUUCGCUCUCGCUCUACGGAGGACUGCUGUUGUUCAGCGGAUUCCUGCUUUACGACACGCAAAAGAUUGUCAAGCGGGCCGAACUCUAUCCACUGUAUGCUCCGAGACCAUUCGAUCCUGUCAACUCUGCUAUGUCGAUCUAUAUGGAUACGAUGAACAUUUUCAUUCGAAUUGCGACCAUUUUGGCCGGUGGUGGCGGCAACCGACGAAAGUAAAUGAUAAAUUUUAAUUCUUACGAGAGAGGGAGUCCUAGCGAGUAUUGUUUAGAGCACAACACUACAAGGGGGUUUUCAUGAACUUACGUUUUAACGUUAAUUCCUAUCACCAACUGUAUUUUAUAGUUUUCUAAAGCGUUUAGCAACGCAUCAUUAUUUGAAAAUUAUAUGUAACCAGCUUCAAAGCAGGAAAACACUAAAUCUGCUUGAUUGUGCUAUUUGCAGGGAGAAGUAAAGUGAAGUGAAAGGAAGUAUGUGCAUACGUGUCACCUUGGCGAACCGAGCGUGGAAAGGACGGGAAAAGAAACUCUGUUGACAUUGUACGAAAGCGAAACAAAUC